UAAACACACAGCCAGUCAUUUCUCAGUAAAUCAAUAUCAGAAACACAGGAGUUCCGCCACUCAAGAUCUAAUAUUCCAUGUUGACGUUUGUCGUGUGGACAUCGGGUCAUAAUUUCAUAAAGAAUAUCUUUGUCGCACGAUAAACAGCUCUAACGGAGAUUGACUCGAGUGUGUCAACCGGUGUAUCUCGUUCGAAAUCGAUGGAAAAACGCAUGAUAGUUACAGGCAUAAUUUGCGUAGUUGUGAUACUAUGCGCUUGUGUUGUGUCUUUUAUACCUUCGAUAUUUUAUGCGUAUUCUGUAGAAAUACCAAAAGAUACAGACCUUCCUUUAAACAACAGCUCACCUUUCAAAAUGAACCUCUCAUUUCCAUGCAAUCCUCCACUGAUUUUCACCAACCAGUCGGUUAUCUGCAAGCCUCCCUGCGAUUGGCUGCCGUAUAGCGAACGUGAACAACUUGCUAUCGUGAUUGCUGAUUGGUUCACAGCCGUAUUCAGUAUCACAUGCUUUGGUAUCGUUCUUGUUACAUGGAUCAAACUGCCAGAACUAAUGAAAUUCCCACAUUUCAUCAUCUUGAUAAUGGCUGGAUCGCAACCAUUCAUUGUUUUGCUGGUAAAUAUACCGAAAUUUGGAAAGACAACGAAGUUCUAUUGCAACAGUCCUUUUCUUGAUAAGACGCCGUCGACAUACUGUGAAGUGCAGGGUUUUCUUAUUCAUUACACAAGUUUGGUAAUUGGUGAAAUGUUUGUGCUUUAUAACGCCGUUCUAAUGAAGCGUUUGGUCAUUGAUAAAAUUCCUACAGAAACACAAAACAAUCGAAUUUUGGUGGCAAUAUUUUUAGCACUCUUCAUUCUUCCGCUACUUGCGCCAUUUUAUGUUCUUAAAUACGGAGGAAAUUAUUUAGCGGUGAAUUUACGACACUGUUUUCCGAAAGACGCAACUGUUGCAUAUUACUCCACACUUUUACCGCAGCAAAUUUUCUUCUGCGUGGGAACGACGUUUUUGUUACUGGUGAUUUUUAAAAUUAUCAAGGAAAGAAAAUCCGCUUUGAUUGCAUCUCCAAGUCAGGCAAAACGACGCGAAGUACAACUUCAAAAGAUAGCCAUACAAUUCAUCAUGGUCAUAAUAUCCUACGUGAUUUGUAGCUACCUCACUUACGGCGUUAUUUGUAUCACAUUACACAACAGAAAGGCUUACAGAAUAUUCCUAGAAAGAUAUUUUGGUUGUUUGAUGUUCAUGAAAGAUUGCCCCAAAGAUUUUCGCCGUUAUAACGUGUCGUGCGCCGUGUUCGUUCUCUUUAUUUUGUCCGGGAACGUUUUCCAAUGUGGCACGUUCAUACUUCUCGCUGGCAAAAAAACGGCUCGACAGUUAUGGAAAAGUUGGUGGUGUAAUGUCGUGGACGUAUUUCGUCCAGCAGUCGGAAAUGCGUCAUCACCAAAAACGUCUUCCGUUCAAGAACUCCAACAAUCAUCAAUGGAACAAAAUGAAAGCAUUCAAUAAAAUAAGUAAUGUAACGUGGCAAUCUUGUGUAAUUAUAGGUAAAGAUGGAUUUCGCUAUGUAUAAUACAUUCAAAAGAACUUUAUGAAACUCUCUUACUCAUUGUUAAAGUCUUUAGCUGAUUCUAAUUAGCAAGAAACUACAGAAAACAGUGUUCCUACUCUUGAUUAAAAAGCAGCGCGGCAAAAUUUUUUGGUAGUUUUGACCUCCCAAACGUUCAUACAGUGAAAUCCAUCAACUAUGCUCUUCAAUGAAUUUAUGUUAGAAAUGUAAAAACAGAUAAGAUUAAAGACUUGAAUUAUGCAUUUUA